CACGGCGCAGCAACCGCAGCCCACGAAGGCGACGAAAAGCUGCCGAACCACCAGCAGAGGAGAGCGAGGGACCGCGCAACCGAGCCACUCCCUAGUCCCUCCUUCUCCCUCUCUCUCUCUCUCUUCGCCUCCGGAUCUCGCAUGCGCGGUGGCCACCGCCGCGCCCGACGGUGGAGGGUGAGGAGUUAGCGAGGGGCCCUGACCCUGAGUGCUGGACGGCGGCGUGAUGGGGGGAGCGCAGCUGGUGGGGAGAUGGGUGGAGUCGUACACGGGGAUGUCGACGGACAACAUCAAGGGCCUGCUGCUCGCGCUCUCCUCCAGCCUCUUCAUCGGUGCCAGCUUCAUCGUGAAGAAGAAGGGGCUCAAGAAGGCCGGCGCGUCCGGCGUCCGAGCAGGCGUUGGUGGCUACUCAUACUUGCUUGAGCCACUGUGGUGGGCAGGAAUGGUAACAAUGAUUGUUGGCGAAAUCGCUAACUUUGCAGCUUAUGCAUUUGCUCCUGCUAUCUUAGUCACUCCACUUGGUGCACUUAGCAUAAUUAUCAGUGCUGUUCUUGCCCAUAUAAUGUUGCGGGAGAAACUUCAUACAUUUGGUAUACUUGGCUGUAUUCUUUGUGUGGUCGGUUCGACAACAAUUGUGCUUCAUGCCCCUCCAGAGCGUCAAAUUGAGUCUGUGGCAGAAGUGUGGGAUCUUGCGACCGAACCAGCAUUCCUGUGCUAUGCAGCUGUUGUGCUUGCAGCAGCUUUUGUGCUCAUAUUCCAUUUUGUCCCUGAGUAUGGUCAGACACAUAUCAUGGUAUAUGUUGGCAUAUGUUCUCUUGUGGGAUCUUUAUCGGUCAUGAGUGUCAAAGCUCUUGGGAUAGCCUUGAAGCUGACAUUUUCUGGGAUGAACCAGCUAGUCUAUCCACAAACAUGGGUGUUCUCAUCCGUUGUAACCUUAUGCAUUGUAACACAGAUGAACUAUCUGAACAAGGCCCUCGACACAUUCAACACUGCAGUUGUUUCACCCAUAUAUUACACAAUGUUUACAUCCUUGACCAUCUUGGCUAGUGUAAUAAUGUUCAAGGAUUGGGAUCGUCAAAAUCCAACACAAAUUGUAACGGAGAUGUGCGGCUUCGUCACAAUCCUUUCUGGAACUUUUCUUCUUCACAAGACAAAGGAUAUGGUGGAUGGUCUCCCACCAAAUUUACCGAUUCGGCUUCCUAAACAUGCGGAUGAGGACGGCUACGCUGCUGAAGGAAUUCCUCUCAGAUCCGCUGCUGACGGUAUUCCGCUCAGGUCACCAAGGGCUACAGAUUCAUUUCGCUCGUCAUGAUGCCCCGCUGAGAUUUGCAUGCGCACUCAAAUCGUGUCACUUGAAGGCUCAUACCCAGCAGGCGUCAGUCCUAUAUAUACAUGGGAAGGGAAUGAUAAUCCUCCAUUCACUCGGUUCGAUACACAACGUAGGUUUUAGCUGUAGGAUUCAAAAGGUAACAGCUCGGCUGCCCCCUUGUAAAUUCUGAGGCAUUGGUACAGAAUUUUGAGGAUUAUAUCAGUUAUACUCGUCCGGGUAAGAUCACCAGGAUGACCAAGAGCCCAAGUUUUUGGGUUGUAUACUUGUAUGUAUAUUGCGGUGAGCCAUAUAGGUCACUAUCUUGAAUUGCUGUAUUUUUUCAACACAACUCUCAGAGUACAGGAUGUUGAACAAGC